GGCACCCGAGAGAGAGGCGGACAGGGCUGGAGCACAUAACUACGUUUGCCAUGGCAGUGAUGCUGCUGAAAACAGGAGCAUGGAAAUUCAUAACAUGAUCGUGGAGGUCCACACAAGUUGAAAAGAAUUACUAGUCUCCCAAGUGCAUACUGACAGGAGCCUGCUUGAGGUGAAAACUCAUAAGUGAAAGUAGACUCUGGAUUCUUAAUACAUUGGAGCCCUGCUCUACAACUAGUUUGGUUUUACUGCUUCGACUGCUUCAAUGGACCACAUUCAUGGGGCUUGGAAGGCUCUAACUGAUGGAAUUGGAUUAAAGGAUUCUGUCUUCAAUGGAUCCAACUGUAUUUCACCUACUAUUGUCCAGCAGUACAGCUAUCAGCGUAGAGCAUCUGAUGAUGGGAAACUUUCAGAUUCUUCCAAGACAAGCAAUACCAUUCGUGUUUUCUUGCCUAACAAGCAACGCACAGUGGUGAAUGUGCGUAAUGGAAUGACCCUCCAUGAUUGUCUCAUGAAAGCACUCAAAGUCAGAGGCCUGCAGCCGGAAUGCUGUGCUGUUUUUAGAUUACUUAAUGAACACAAAGGUAAAAAAGCACGGCUGGAUUGGGGUACAGAUGCUGCAUCCUUGAUUGGAGAGGAAUUGCAAGUGGAUUUCCUGGAUCAUGUUCCGCUUACGACACACAACUUUGCACGGAAGACCUUUCUAAAGCUUGCAUACUGUGACAUCUGCCAGAAGUUUUUACUAAAUGGAUUCCGGUGUCAAACCUGCGGUUAUAAAUUCCAUGAACACUGCAGCACAAAAGUUCCUACCAUGUGUGUGGACUGGAGCAACAUCCGGCAACUCUUAUUGUUUCCACACCCAAAUGUUGGUGAUACUGGAGUCCCUGCGCUACCUCCCUUAACGACUCGGCGAAUGCGGGAGUCUGUGUCCAGGAUACCCGUUAAUUCUCAACACAGAUAUUCUACACCUCAUGCCUUCACAUUCAGCACAUCAAAUCCAUCUCCCGAGGGCUCCCUUUCUCAAAGACAGAGAUCUACAUCAACACCAAAUGUCCACAUGGUCAGCACAACUAUGCCCGUGGAUAACCGAAUAAUUGAGAAUAACAGCCUGAAUGCUUCUCCCAGGUCCUGGUGCAGACGAUUCUGUUUAAGGGGAAGAGAUGCAAUACGUAGUCAUAGUGAAUCUGCAUCACCCUCAGCUAUAUCCGGAAGCCCCAACAAUACAAGUCCAACAGGAUGGUCCCAGCCUAAAACACCAGUUCCAGCCCCAAGAGAGAGAGCUGCAGGAUGUAAUUCGCAAGAAAAAAAAAUAAGAUCUCGUGGACAGAGAGAUUCAAAUUAUUAUUGGGAAAUAGAAGCAAGUGAAGUUAUGCUCUCUACCAGAGUAGGGUCAGGCUCUUUUGGGACUGUUUACAAAGGAAAGUGGCAUGGAGACGUAGCAGUAAAGAUAUUAAAGGUGGUAGAUCCAACCCCUGAGCAGUUUCAGGCCUUCAGAAAUGAAGUGGCUGUGCUAAGGAAAACCCGGCAUGUUAAUAUUUUGCUAUUCAUGGGCUACAUGACUAAAGAUAACCUGGCCAUCGUCACACAGUGGUGUGAAGGAAGCAGUCUGUAUAAACACCUGCAUGUCCAGGAGACCAAGUUCCAGAUGUUACAACGUAUUGAUAUUGCAAGACAGACAGCACAAGGAAUGGACUACUUACAUGCGAAGAAUAUAAUACACAGAGAUAUGAAAUCGAAUAAUAUAUUUCUUCAUGAAGACCGCACAGUAAAGAUUGGAGACUUUGGACUGGCAACAGUCAAAUCUAGGUGGAGUGGUUCUCAACAGGUAGAACAACCUACUGGAUCCGUUCUCUGGAUGGCACCAGAAGUGAUUCGAAUGCAGGAUAGCAAUCCAUUCAGUUUCCAAUCAGAUGUGUAUUCUUACGGAAUUGUACUCUAUGAACUGAUGACCGGAGAGCUACCUUAUUCCCAUAUUAACAAUAGAGACCAGAUCCCUCACCAGUCUGCAGGAGGUUCCCAUCUGGCAAGCAGUUUCCAUAUCAUUUUCAUGGUUGGUCGUGGUUAUGCAUCACCAGACCUCAGCAAACUCUACAAAAACUGCCCCAAAGCUAUGAAGAGACUCGUAGCAGAUUGUGUGAAGAAAGUCAGGGAAGAAAGGCCUCUCUUCCCCCAGAUAUUGUCUUCCAUUGAAUUGCUGCAGCAUUCUUUACCCAAAAUCAACCGAAGUGCUUCAGAACCUUCUCUGCAUCGUGCAACUCACACACAGGACAUAAAUUCGUGCACGCUGACUUCGACAAAGCUACCUGUGUUUUAGGAGACCUUUGCGCGCUGCCCACUGCUCUCCAAUAACAGUUCUAGCAGUUGUGCUUUUGAAUGCCUCAGUCUACAGGAUUGCAGAGCCAGCAAUGGGAUUCAGCUGGACGCCAGUUUUGAGAAUGAGCUGCUAUGAAUUUCUACCGUUCUAAUCCUACAGGGACAAAAAAAACCUCCAUGUUGCCUUUUUCUAUAGGUUAUCAUAUUGAAAUAGUUAAGAGACAGUAUACAAGAGGUCCUAUUACUAUUUUUAUAGAUGCACUUGAGCCUUACUUUAUCCCAUAUGCAAAAAAGGAAAAAAGAAAAGAAAACAGGUUUCUUUGAAAUUGCAUUAUGCUGAAUAGACUGGUAUUUUUCUAUAGCAAAAUAAUAGCUUAGCAUUUGAGGAAAGUCAAUGCAGAUGGUGCUGUUCUUCUGAUAUUCUAAGACUUUGUGCCAUUCAGGCUGGAGGAAUUUUAACUAAAAUGGUCAUCCACAAAGAAGACUUAAGGGAAGAGGGGAAUUCAAGCUCUGGAAAGUUUCCACUUCUAAGCAUUUCUCAAGAUCGUGAAACGUUAAACACCAAUAUUAAGUCAACACAAAACAGUUUUGCACAUAUGGAAAAUGCUAAUUUUGAGGCAAGGAAUAUAUUAUAACUAGUACUGUCCAGAGAAAGAAGCUAGCACAAUCUUCCUACAAUCAUCUAACAGUAACAUAAGAAGCUUAUUGGGUACUUCGGACUUGUUUCUUGCGGCGCCCUGAGGGUCUGGUGAGAAACUAUAGUUUUUUGGGAGUAGAAGAGGCAAAAUAAGUAAUUCUGUUAGUAAAUUUCUGCAAAAUAAAGUCUGUUUUGAAACUUUUUUCUGAGAUGCACUAUAAAGAAACUUGGCAUAUACAGGUUUUCCCUCGCUGAUUUGGGUUUUAAUUUUGUUUUCAUUGCCCCUCAGAGAAAAGCAUUUAUUGUAAACCCAGGUUCUUCUGAUUAUCUUAUUUUAAUAAAAUAAAUUAAAUUUAA